AGUGACAAUCCAGCAGACACAGCCACUAGACCGAUUGCAGCUUCUGCAUUGGUUUCCACGAACUGGUUCAGUGGUCCUUCCUUUUUGACACAACACGACACAGAGAAGUCUCACUGUGAUAGCUUCACACUGAUUGAUCCCAACACAGAUGCAGAGAUCAGACCUGAUAUAACAAGUUUUGUUACCAAAGCCUCAGUAACACAGCUAGAGCCAUGCCGUUUUGAAAGAUUCUCUCAUUGGAUGAGAUUGUGUCACACUAUUGCUUCACUAAAGCGUGUGGCAGCAUCAUUCAAGAAAACAAACACAGAAGGUAAAGGCUGGAAGUGUUUCAGGGAAACUAACACUGUAGAUGAAGUGUCUAAAGCAGCAAAGUUCAUCAUUCACACAGUACAAAGUGAAACGUUUAAAGAAUAGUACAGAUGCAUAAAAGAAAAUCAGCCACUUCCAAGGCAAAGCUGUCUUCAAAGAUUAAAUCCAGUUAUUGAUGAAGAUGGGCUCCUCAGACUAGGAGGUCGAUUGGCACCUUCUAACCUAACAAAAGAUGAGAAACAUCCACUCAUUAUCCCUAAAGCUCAUCAUGUGGCCAUCCUUCUUAUUAGAUACUAUCAUGAGAAGGUAGCACAUCAGGGGCGUCACCUAACGGAAGGAGCGCUCAGAAGUGCUGGAUUUUGGAUUAUUGGCAGUAAACGGCUCGUCUCUUCUGUUAUUCACAAAUGUGUUCUCUGUCGAAAGCUUCGAGGACGACUUCAGACCCAAAAGAUGGCAGAUUUGCCUGUUGACAGGCUGACACCAAUGCCACCGUUCACUAGUGUAGGACUGGAUGUCUUUGGACCCUGGACGGUCACCACACGUCGCACCAGAGGAGGAAGUGCAGACAGUAAACGCUGGGCUGUGCUUUUUGCCUGCAUGUCCACGAGAGCUGUGCACAUUGAGCUCAUUGAAUCAAUGUCGACAUCCAGCUUUAUCAAUUCGUUAAGGAGAUUUUUCUGCAUCCGUGGACCUGCUCAAAUACUCAGAUCUGAUAGGGGUACAAAUUUUGUUGGAGCAUGCAAUGAGUUGCAAACUGAUCACAAGGACACAGAACUAAACUUAUACCUGCAAGAGAAAGGAUGCACAUGGUUGUUUAAUCCUCCACACUCAUCACACAUGGGUGGAUCGUGGGAGAGACUUAUUGGAGUGGCAAGGCGCAUCCUAGAUGGUAUUCUGUUGAAAGCUGUGCAUGUCCAACUGACGCAUGAAGUGUUAAGUACAUUCAUGGCAGAAGUAAUGGCAAUAAUGAAUGCAAGACCACUUGUACCAGUCUCAACAGAUCCAGACAAACCAAACCUUCUCACCCCAGCAAUGCUCCUUACACAAAAAGUCAACGCAUUAUCUGCACCAACAGAAAGCUUUGGACCACCAGACCUCUACUCAAAGCAAUGGAAGCAAGUACAGUGUUUGGCAGACUCUUUUUGGAAACAGUGGAAAAGUGAAUAUCUUUCAACACUACAGCAAAGGAGAAAAUGGACUGAUGAUAAAACAAACAUAAAAGCUGGGGAUGUUGUGUUAUUGAAAAAUGCUCUCGCUCACAGAAAUGACUGGUCCAUGGGAAAAGUUGUAAAGACAUUUGAGAGCAAGGACAACAAGGUUCGAAAAGCAGAAGUAAAGACUGGGAAAGAUGGAAAUGAAAAAUUGCUUUUGAGACCCAUCGCUGAUUUGGUUUUGCUUUUAUCAAGUGAUAAAUAAGUGUUUGAAAUAGCCGUAACUGUUCUAAAUGUUUAUCAGAAAAGUUUGUUGUAGUGGCACAAUUGCAUUGUACCAGGCGGGGAGUGUUCUGCCUUUUAUAACUCAAACUGGAUGUUAUCGUUGUAAA